AUGACUAAGUUGGCCGAUACGGAUGUAGUACGAUGCGUGAUAAUCGGCGAUUCCACCAGUGGGAAGGAGAUGAUGCUCAAAAAAUAUGCUUACUAUGCUGGUGUUCCUUAUGACGUUACGAAUAAACAAGUGGUAACGGCGUUCAAUGGUCGGAAAUGUACAUUCAUUGACUCACAGUCAGCCUACGUAAACGACAGCGAUGACGUGCAUGUGUUUUUACUUUGCGUUUCGGUAGCUCGACAAGACAAAGUUGAGGAGACGAUUGGGAAAAUACUGAAUACUGUACAUGACCGUAUCCGUGGGAUACCGUUUGCCCUUGUGGGAACUCAGAUCGAGAAACGUCUUUUGACGAAUAUCAACAACAACAACAAUAACUGUAAUAUUGACAGUCUGCCGAUGCCUCUUCAUCGUGCUGAAAAACUUGCAAACCAGAUCGGCGCCAGUAAAUAUCUCGAAUGUUCAGAGAUCACUGGGGAAGGUCUCGAGGAAGUUUUCGAAGAAGCGUUCCAGAUUGGCAACGCUUAUGUCAUGGAAAAACAAAGUCCACUUGUGCUUGUCACUCCGGUGGUGACUCCCUCAUAUUCUACCCCUACUGCAGUCCCGAUGUAUUCCUAUAGCAACACAGCAGUUCCAAUGAUCCCACCAGGAAAUUUCAAACAGGGAUCCGUAAGAACGGAUGAGAAUACAAGAAAAUCGAGUCGUUCAGCCCAGUCUAGUCGUUCUCGCUCAAAGGAGAAAGCCGAUCCGAACGACACCGAUCAGCUAAAGUUCGGUACCGCUAUACCUGCAAUGACAUCUGUCAUUGCAUGA